ACAGAGGAAUCGAUAGAGUGAAUGGCGGACACACAGACAGGAGUUAAGUACCAUGUCUUGCCUGCGCUCGGCAGUUCAAAGGUGGUUAUUUCCCAAACACAAAUCGCUGGAAUGCGAGCGACUGAGAGACGGGAAAGAGAGAGAAAGAAGGAGAAGGCGAGUCCUGCUGAGCCGCUCUCAACCGGCCACAUUCUUCCCUUCACACGCGCCGCCAUGGGAACCGGAUGCCAGCAGGAAAUGGAGCUUGGCGCAUGCGCUGUAUUGGGUUUUGACACUGCGCUUAGUAAUUGUGGACGUAAACAGAAGGUUGAUAGAGGGACGCCUGCUGUAGGGGCUAGCUCUCCUUUUCUCUGUCUUCGCGGACAAGGUGUGUGGCGAGACCUCGAGAAACUUGUAGAGGACACGACGCCGACACGAGGAGACGACUGUAGAGCUGUUGCUGGUGGUGGUGGUGGUGUGCUCUUCGUUCUCUCUCUCUCUGUCUCGGCGCGCGCGUGUGUGUGUGUGCCGGGACUGCAGCAGCAGCCGUGUGCUCGACAAGAAGGCCGUGUCUCUCUGUGGAGGCUGUGUGCGUGUAUGUGUCGAGGCUGGAUGUGUACUGGCUGUCAGUACUAGCUAUGGUGUUUCCAGCCCACAUCCUCCCGAAACCUUGACUUUCCGACAAAGAGAGAGAUUUUCAUUCGUGUCCAGCACACCCAUCCACCCAUCCACCCAUCACCUCCCCCUUUCCAGCCCAGCAGCAGUCGCCGUUGUCCAGCGCUGGGUUGGCUCUGGAGGAUUCUACCCCCUGUCUAACGGACCAUGCACUAUGCAGGGUGCCACCGUCGCUGCUACUGCCGCAACAGUCUCUACCACUGUCCUGCAUCUUGUCGUCGUGCUGUUGGUGUUGCUGCGUGCCCCGGUAGCGGUGUGUGGAGGUAUGGACCAGAGAGGCAAGGACGAGAGACGCCUCAUCCGUGACCUGUUCGAAAACGGGUACAACCCGCUGAUUCGCCCCGUGAAAAACGUCAACGACUCCCUACAAGUCAACUUCAGCCUCGCCCUCAGUCAGAUCAUCUCCAUCGAUGAGAAGAACCAAGUGAUGAAAACGAACGUUUGGCUACAGAUUUACUGGCACGAUUAUCAACUGUCAUGGGAGGCUUCAGACUAUGGCAACAUCGAUUCCAUCCGCAUCAAGUCAGAUGCUGUUUGGGUCCCAGACAUCGUCUUAUUCAACAAUGCCGAUGGCAACUACGAAGUGUCCUACAAGCCGAACUGCGUCAUCUACAGCUCCGGAAACAUCACCUGGAUUCCUCCCGCCAUCUACAAGUCCUCCUGCUCUAUCGACGUGCAGUACUUUCCCUUCGACCAGCAGAUAUGCGAGAUGAAGUUUGGCUCCUGGACUUUCAGGGGCAACGCUCUGGUGUACGCCUUCCGGGACAACAUGGACAAGCUGGACCUCAACGACUACCUGAAGAGCGGAACGUGGGACAUCAUUGACUGCCCGGGAAACCUGACCACCACCUCGGAGGAAUUCGGCGAGGAGAAGCGGAUGAUAGUCUUCCAGUUCAUCCUGCGGCGCAAGACUCUGUUCUACACCGUGAACCUGAUCAUUCCGUGUGUCCUCAUAUCAUUUGUCAGCGUCUGCGUCUUCGCCUUGCCUGCUGACGCUGGCGAGAAGAUCACCCUGUGUAUAUCCGUGCUACUCGCCCUGGUCGUCUUCCUGUUGCUGGUUUCCAAAAUUCUGCCUCCUUCGCUAACCAUACCUUUGAUCGCCAAGUACCUCCUAUUCACCUUCGUCAUGAACAUCGUCGCCAUCCUCGCCACCGUUAUCAUCAUCAACCGGAACUACCGUACACCACGCACCCAUCGCAUGCCCUACUGGGUCCGCGUGGUCUUCCUCAACCACCUGCCUCGCUACCUGCUGAUGAAGCGGCCGGACCACGACAACCGCUGGCAGCCCAAACCCUUCACUCCUCCGCCCUCCUACCACACGACCCCGGAGGCUCAUCGGGUCAACCUCAACAUCCGGGCCCCCAACGACCUCCUGGAGCUGACGGAGAUGCACCACCCCCACUGCAAGCUCAACGCUUCAUCCGGGUCGUCGGCCAACAGCGGCGCCGUCACCAAGUCGGUCAGGGACUCGCCGCAGACCUACAGCCCCGGCUCCGCGCGCGAGGGGGCGCUGCCGUCCACGCAUGCGCACACGCAGGCGUACAGGCGCCAUUACGGGAAGAUGAGAGAGAACACAGAGAGUGCGGACAGUGAGUUCCGAAUGACCCCGGAAGUGUAUAAGGCCACAGAGGCCAUCAAGUUUAUCUACCAGCAUGUCAAGGCCGAAGAGGAAUACUCAGCGGCUCUGGACGACUGGAAGUACGUAGCCAGAGUUCUGGACAGACUGCUUCUCUUCAUCUUCCUCGGGGUCACAUUCAGCGGGACAGUCAGUGUACUCAUGAACGCCCCCCACAUCCUGGAGUACGUGGACCAGGACAAGAUCAUAACGGAGCUUCUCAACUACAUCGACAAACAGACAAAACAGACAAGCACCUAGGGGUCUGUGCCGCUCCUCUUUUAUUUUGCAUAGGGUUGUGCUGCUGUCCACCUCCACCUCGGGUGGAGUUGUUUCCAGAGACUGACCUGUCAACCGAUUGCGUCACUGUAGACGGGUGGGAAGGGGUGGGUGGGGCGAGAGUUCGGACCUGUGCUGCUGGCUAGCAUUCCGAACAUCGUCUUGUGCAACUUUAGGAUUGGCUGUCCUAGAGGUCGAAGGUUAUGCAAAGCGUCCAGAUCAAUACCUUUGCAGGAAUUUCCGUGUGUGAGUAAUCGAGACGAGCAAGCCACUUGAUUGUCUGUGGAAAGGUUCGGCUUGAAGAGGAGGGUGAAAAUAAUAAUAUUGACUCUAGCCAAUGGUGUUUGUGAGGAGUAUGGAGGAGUAAGAAUGGACUGUGAACAGCAUGGCCACCGAAGUUUUUAAAAUCCCUUACGAGCCAAGGUCCUCGGGACAUUUGAUAUUACAUACUAGUGGUACAUGGCCAUACAAACAGCGUGGAUUCGAAAAGGGAGCAUGAAUUGUAGUAAACAAUUGUUUACGCAUCAACCAUGAGUUCAUUUCAUAACCUGGGCUUUGCAGAUGGCUGCUGCCUUCAUACCUAGAAGUACAACAUGUAAACAGGUUUCACACCACAUCACAGAUAAAGAGGAAAGAACUUUUGUUACAAGUCGGAUGAAGAAAGUGAUCACGAACCUUGCUGUGAGGUCAGGAAUGAGAUAUGAGUCACCAAAUAACGGUUUUACAUUACAGACGACGAAGAGGAUGGCAUGAGCUUGGAACUUACAGCAGGGAAAAGAUAUUGUAACCGAUGGCUGACGACUACAAUAGUUGAUAUUGGGACCGGGGCAAACCAAGCUCAACAAACCCCCUUUGCUACCCAUGGAUCAUCACUACGAAUGUAGACUGACUUUAAAAUGUUUGGGCGCAGCAUAGAAUACAAUUUUAAAGCAGAUUGAGAAAGCCAUUCUGUCUUCUGGUUGCCAUUACCAACGUUUGUAAACUAACGAUAAGGACAGAAUAGUUCCUCAACAUCCCAACAACCUGCUGAUGGAGAUUCAACACUUCCAUUGAAAACCCAAAACCAUCUCAAGCUGCCUAAAAAUGUUCUCUAAGCUGUGCUGACAAAACAUUGUCCACGCCCAUUGGCAUCAACAGGCCUCAUGAGCUGCAGUUCUUGGAGGACUGAAGCCGCCAAUAUUUACACAUGCCAUGUAGAAUACAUCAGCAAAGUUUGAAACAUUUCAUAGUCUCGAGUGUCUGUUUUGUCCAUGUUUCCUUUCUGGUAAACGGUUCAUUUUCUUUUUUUUUUCUUAGUUAAUCUUUCCUGUUUGAAAUAUUUUGACCAUUUUAGAAGUAUUACACUGAUCCCGGAAGAGUAACCUUAAUACUGAUUCGUUUUAUUUCAACACUGGUGUGGUCUGAUGUUUAAUUAGUUUAAAAUAGACGUAGCCUUGAUGAUGCAUACUAUCUUUGUUUCUGUUUUCCUUCUGGAUGAAAAGAAAAAAAGAAAUGUUUUGAAAAGAC